AUGAUUUUGACGAAUCUGAGAAAGGCUACUACGGCCCUCGUUCCGCAGACUCUGGCAACAAGCCAAAUGUUGAAAUCGACUCUGGCCAAGUCCUCAACUCACUCUUUCAAGCUCCAGCACAAUCGUGUGUAUUCCACCAGAUCCACUGUUAUUCAGCUCUUGAACAACAUUGGCUCCAAAAGAGAGGUGGAACAAUACCUGAACUACUUCACGUCGGUUUCUCAACAACAGUUCGCUGUCAUUAAGGUGGGUGGUGCCAUCAUCACCCAACAGUUGCCCGAAUUAGCCUCUUGUUUGGCGUUCCUGUAUCACGUUGGUCUGUACCCCAUUGUGCUCCACGGAACCGGUCCUCAGAUCAACGAAUUGCUAGAGGCCGAAGGUGUUGAGCCUGACUACUCCGACGGAAUCAGAAUCACCGACGAAAAAACUAUGUCUGUUGUUCGCAAAUGUUUCUUGGAACAGAAUUUGAAACUUGUUACUGCUUUGGAGAAGAUGGGUGUUCAUGCUAGACCAAUCACCGCCGGUGUCUUCGGUGCUGAGUACUUGGACAAGGAAAAGUACAAAUUGGUUGGUAAUGUCACUUCUGUGAACAAAGCUCCUGUUGAGGCCUCAAUUGCGGCCGGUGCAUUGCCCAUUUUGACCUCGUUGGCCGAGACUCCAUCUGGCCAGAUUUUGAACGUCAAUGCCGAUGUGGCUGCUGGUGAGCUUGCCAGGGUCUUCGAGCCAUUGAAGAUUGUGUACUUGAACGAGAAGGGUGGAAUCAUUAACGGAAACACAGGGGAGAAAGUCUCUGUUAUCAACCUGGAUGAAGAGUAUGAAGACCUGAUGAAGGAGAGCUGGGUCAAAUACGGUACCAAGCUUAAGAUCAAGGAGAUCAAGGAGUUGCUGAUGCAUCUUCCAAGAUCCUCUUCUGUGGCCAUCAUCGAUGUCAACGACCUUCAAAAGGAACUUUUCACUGACAGUGGAGCUGGAACUUUGAUCAGACGUGGAUACAAGUUGAUCACCAGAUCUUCUCUCGGUGAAUUCCAACAACCAGAUUUGCUUAGAAACGCUUUGAACCGUGACCAGGAUAUCUCUUCUGGAAAAACUUCUGUUGCCUCUUAUCUCAAGAAAUUGGAGUCUGAGAACUUCAAGGCUUAUGGUGAUGAGCCAUUGGAAGUUUUGGCCAUUAUCUUGGAAGAUGAAGCUACCUCUGUUCCAAAGGUCGACAGAUUCCUGGCUAGUAAGACUGGCUGGUUGAACAAUGUCACCGACAACAUUUUCACCUCCAUCAAGAAGGACUUCCCAGCUCUGCAAUGGGUUGUUAGAGAAGAUGAUCCUAACACUGCCUGGUACUUCUCCAAAUCUGAAGGUUCUUAUGCUAAAAACGGGCACAUUUUGUUCUGGUACGGCCUGAAGUCUGCUGACGCUGUUUCUGAGUUGAUUGCCAGUUUUGCCCAAAAGGUCUCUCUGGUUAAGCCUGCUGAGUCCAAGGUGUUCAAGUCUUCUCAACAGGCACGCUCGUUUUCCACUGCCAGAAGAUUCUAUUCGACCAACCCAAACCCUCCAAUCAAAGAGGGUAAGAACCACCAGAAGUCUAAGGUUGCUCUCAUUGGUGCCCGUGGUUACACUGGUCAAAACCUGAUUGCCAUGAUUGACAAGCACCCAUACUUGGAAUUGUCGCAUGUUUCUUCGAGAGAAUUGCAAGGUCAGAAAUUGCAAGGUUACAACAAAGCCGAUAUCGUUUACUCGAACCUUCAAAUUGAGGACAUUAAGAAACUGGAGAUUGACGGUAAGGUUGACGUGUGGGUCAUGGCAUUGCCCAACGGUGUUUGCAAACCAUUUGUGGAUGCCAUCGACUCCGUCAAGAACGGCAAAUCCAAGAUCAUUGACCUGAGUGCCGACUACAGAUUCGAUACCACCGGCGAAUGGGUUUACGGUUUGCCGGAGUUGAACGACCGUACCAAGAUUGCCUCUGCUACCAAAAUCUCUAACCCAGGCUGUUACGCUACUGCUGCCCAGGUAGCCAUUAAGCCUUUGACCGAGUACAUAAGCGGUACUCCUUCCAUCUUUGGUGUUUCCGGCUACUCGGGUGCCGGAACCAAGCCUUCGAUUAAGAACGACCCUGUGUUCCUGAGCGAUAACCUGAUUCCAUACUCUCUGACUGACCACGUUCACGAGAAAGAGAUCUCCUCUCAGUUAGGAGUGGAGGUUGCCUUCAUGCCACACGUUGCACAAUGGUUCCAGGGUAUUACCCACACCAUUUCCAUUCCCCUGAACAAGAAACUCACCUCGAGGGAUAUUAGAAACAUUUACCAGGAGAGAUACUCCGGUGAGCAAUUGAUCACCAUAUCUGGCGAGGCUCCAUUAGUGAAAGACAUUAGUGGAAAGCACGGUGUUGUGGUGGGUGCUUUUGCAGUCAACUCCAAGCAAGACAGAGUCGUUAUUGUAGCAACAAUCGACAACUUGCUGAAGGGUGCUAGUACCCAGUGUUUGCAAAACAUCAACCUGGCCAUGAACUACGACGAGUACGCCGGGAUUCCCGACGACUUGGUGAUCAGGGGUUAA